CACGAGUAUCGAGGGGAAAAAAGUGAAAUUCGAAGCCCGCGUCGCUUCCCUUAUUUUGCUCUUCUCACUGUGUCGCAUCUCUUUCCUCCUAACGAGCAGCUAUUCAUUAAAACCCUACAAAUUCGAAAAACCAGAAUCCCCAAAAUGGUGGUUGCCGAGCUUUCCGGUCACAACAAUGACUGCACAGAAGUGGUGGUUCCAAGACGUUGCAGUGCUAGAAUCAAGACCUUGCAGAGUCAGCAGGAAGCUCAGCGAACACGGUGCCGCUCCAACGACGACAGAGCUCUUGAGAAGAAAGCAAAGGCUCAUAAGGCGAGAAAGGCGGAUACUCCUGCUACGACGCCACAAGCUAUUGAUAAUGACGUCACGGUGACCAAUACUCCAAAUGAUUGCACCAACGAUCAUCAUCAUCCUGUUGCUGAAGCCUCCCAGAGUCAGAGUCCCCAUGUUAACGGGGAUGGGACUGAGAAAAGUGCGCAUCUAAGGGUAACAGAGACUGUUCGCAGAUUUAACAAGCAUUAUCUCCAUCUCGUUCAGGAAGAGGAGAUAAGAUGUAGAAGAGUUCAAGAUGAACAGAAAACAAAGAAGCAUUCAAAAUCUAAGGAAGCUGAAGAUGAUGGUAAACGCAGUUCCAAGCGCCCUGAUCUAAAAGCAAUUUCUAAGAUGAUAUUGGCAAAGGAGGUUUUGAAUCCUGAGAAAAUUGGCUCCAUUCCAG